AUGUCUUCGAAGCUCUUCCAACCCGUUAACGUAGGCAACCUUGCAUUGAAGCACCGAGUAGUGCUAGCUCCUCUAACGCGUCACAGGACAACACCGUCCGGCAUACCACACACAGAAAUUGUGAAGGAGUAUUAUACCCAACGUUCGCAUGCGCCAGGUACGCUUCUCGUCAGCGAGGGUACUUUCAUUGCUCCGAAGGCCGCUGGGAGGCUCUAUUUCCCUGGCAUAUGGAGCCAGGAAAUGAUCGCUGCAUGGAGACAGGCUCGUACUUCUCACGUAACGGACUCGAUCCAUUCCAAGGGUUCAUUCAUCUUCUGCCAGCUAUUCGCCCUAGGCCGCAGUGCAGACCCUAAAGUCCUCGCAGCAGGAAACCCCUCCUUGUCCUAUGUCUCCGCUUCCGCCAUUCCACUUUCUACCAGACCCAGCAACGUAACGCCGCGCCCGAUGACCGUCGACGAGAUUCAGGAGUAUACCCAGCUAUUCGCCCAGGCUUCUCUGAAUGCUAUCGAAGCGGGGUUUGACGGUGUGGAGAUCCACGGUGCCAAUGGAUACCUCCUGGAUCAGUUCACGCAAGACGUCUCGAACUAUCGGACGGAUGAGUAUGGGGGCAGCAUUGAAAAUAGGACCAGGUUCCCACUGGAAGUUGUUGAUGCCGUUGUCAAGGCUAUCGGAGAGGAGAGGACAGGAUAUCGCGUCAGCCCGUGGAAUACAUACCAAGAUAUGACAAUGGCCGACCCGAAACCGACAUUUUCGUACCUCACUAAUGAGAUUAAGCGAAGAUACCCCAACUUCGCGUACCUGCACGCUGUAGAGCCUCGCAUCGUUGGGUCAACGUUCCGGGACGAACACGAGAUCAGGCCACAGGAAGAAAAUGAUUUCCUUCGAAAUUUAUGGGCGCCGAAGCCAUUCAUUUCCUCUGGGCACAGAAAGGAGACAGCUAUCGAAGCGGCAGAUGAGAAAGGCGACUUGGUCGCCUUUGGAAGACUGUUCAUUUCCAACCCUGACUUGGUUCAGCGUUUAGAGCAGGAUUUGCCGCUCAAUCCGUAUGAUAGGGCUACCUUCUAUACUCCUGGUGAUGUCGCAAAGGGGUAUACCGACUAUCCAUUCUUGAAUUAG